ACAUCUGGGUUAAUCAGAUCGUGCAGACACGGUAACUAGGCGCAGAGAACAGCUGGACACGUUGCUGGGAGCCCAGACGGAACGUGACCAGUAGUUCUCAGAAACCGCUUCUAAAUACCAGCUCCAACAAGCUUGUAGCGUCCGAGUGCGGAUAAGGCAAGAGCAAAAACGAGCAUAGUUUGGGCCGUUGGGGCCAAAUCUGCACUUCUGAGAGCUACUUUUACUGCUAAGUUUUGAAAUUGGAUUUACCAAGAGGGAAGCGUUGCAGAGUGGCAACCGCAGGCAGGUAAAACUAAUAUUUGCACUCACACACUCCCCGGAUUCUUCACAGACAGGGAUGGAAGAGAAAACUUAGGAAGUUGAAGUCUGGCAUUAAAAUAAAGGACUCGCUACCACUCUGUGCACCUUCUUGAGGGAGUUCGUUUGUCCGCGGCGCCUCACAGCUUAGUGCGCCUGCGCACGCGCGAACUGCGGCCCCGCCUCUCCUGUGGGGACGGGAGACGUGCGUCGGGUCGCGGGCGCGGGCUGCGCAUGCGCCUUCAUUUCGUCAGCCCGCUGCUGCGUGCUGCCAGCGGGAACCGCGGAGGGGAAGGUUUUUGCUGCUGUGUUCCCCGAGCCUGUUACACGCAGCGCGCCGGGAGACUGAGAGAGGAAAGGAUAGAGGAAGUGCUCCCCUAGGCUGCAUGAGUCGAAGCAAGAGUAUUUCCUUCCCGCCAGGCAAGUGUCCAUAGAAACCGGGCCCCGCCCCUUUCCUGGCCUGCAUUCCCAUCCCCUCUCCCGGGGCGGAGGUGAGGACCUCCUUGGUUCCUCUGGUUCUGUCAGUGAGCCCUUUCCUUGGCCAUGAAGCUCGUGAGGAAGAACAUCGAGAAGGACAAUGCGGGCCAGGUGACCCUGGUCCCCGAGGAGCCUGAGGACAUGUGGCACACUUACAACCUCGUGCAGGUGGGCGACAGCCUGCGCGCCUCCACCAUCCGCAAGGUACAGACAGAGUCCUCCACAGGCAGCGUGGGCAGCAAUCGGGUCCGCACUACCCUCACUCUCUGCGUGGAGGCCAUCGACUUCGACUCUCAAGCCUGCCAGCUGCGGGUUAAGGGGACCAACAUCCAAGAGAAUGAGUAUGUCAAGAUGGGGGCUUACCACACCAUCGAGCUGGAGCCCAACCGCCAGUUCACCCUGGCCAAGAAGCAGUGGGAUAGUGUGGUACUGGAGCGCAUCGAGCAGGCCUGUGACCCAGCCUGGAGCGCUGAUGUGGCGGCCGUGGUCAUGCAGGAAGGCCUUGCCCAUAUCUGCUUAGUCACUCCCAGCAUGACCCUCACUCGGGCCAAGGUGGAGGUGAACAUCCCUAGGAAAAGGAAAGGCAAUUGCUCUCAGCAUGACCGGGCCUUGGAGCGGUUCUAUGAACAGGUGGUCCAGGCUAUCCAGCGCCACAUACACUUUGAUGUUGUAAAGUGCAUCCUGGUGGCCAGCCCAGGAUUUGUGAGGGAGCAGUUCUGCGACUACAUGUUUCAACAAGCAGUGAAGACCGACAACAAACUGCUCCUGGAAAACCGGUCCAAAUUUCUUCAGGUACAUGCCUCCUCCGGACACAAGUACUCCCUGAAAGAGGCCCUUUGUGACCCUACUGUAGCUAGCCGCCUUUCAGACACUAAAGCUGCUGGGGAAGUCAAAGCCUUGGAUGACUUCUAUAAAAUGUUACAACAUGAACCGGAUCGAGCUUUCUAUGGACUCAAGCAGGUGGAGAAGGCCAAUGAAGCCAUGGCAAUUGACACAUUGCUUAUCAGCGAUGAGCUCUUCAGGCAUCAGGAUGUAGCCACACGGAGCCGGUAUGUGAGGCUGGUGGACAGUGUGAAAGAGAAUGCAGGCACCGUUAGGAUAUUCUCUAGUCUUCACGUUUCUGGGGAACAGCUCAGCCAGUUGACUGGGGUAGCUGCCAUUCUCCGCUUCCCUGUUCCCGAACUCUCUGACCAAGAGGAUGAUUCCAGUUCUGAAGAGGAUUAAUGAUUGAAACUUAAAAUUGAGACAAUCUUGUGUUUCCUAAACUGUUACAGUACAUUUCUCAGCAUCCUUGUGACAGAAAGCUGCAAGAAUGGCACUUUUUGAUUCAUACAGGGAUUUCUUAUGUGUUUGGCUACACUAGAUAUUUUGUGAUUGGCAAGACAUGUAUUUAAACAAUAAAGGAAAUAAUCUCCACGUACUACCAUCUUUAUUGUGUAAUUUUUUAUAGGAAUUAUGAGUUAUCUGUAGUACUUGGAAACAGAAAAUGUGUAUUUAAUGACGAUGCCUAUACAGUAUAUUGUUUGGGAUGGAUUGUAAAAUUUCACACUGCAUGCUUUGAAACAGUUUUCCUUAGAAAAAGCUUUUGCUAUCUUA